GAGUAGUUAUCAGCAAGUAGUGACGACGGUUUGAUAGGAAAUAAUAGUAGAAGUAGUUAGUGUUCCAUAUUGCUGCCUUCUAACAAUUCGGCCUCUGUUUUUGUGCGUAGAUAAAUCUAAUCAAAAUGGAAUUUUGUCUUAUCAGUGGCACAAAGUGAUAAUGGAGUAAUGAAAUGAUAUAUGUAGUGUUGGAGCUGUUUUUCGACUCUGAGGUCUCCGUAUAAGCAAAGUACGCUGGUGUAUUUGAACGCGUUGCUGAACACAUUAGCUCUCAGUGCAAUUAAAUUCCUAUUGGAGUCACCAUUCAUUUUGAUAUUUAGUCCGGUGUAGUGAUAGUACUCAAGAAUAAGCCAAAUAUCCUUGAAAUAUGAGUGGUUAUCCGUAUCCGCCCCCGGGCCAACCUUCAGUUGUUAUCCAAACCCCACUUGUAGUGGGACCUGACCCUGUUCGGUGUAUCUGUCCAUCAUGUGGUGCACAUAUUUUGACGAAGAUGAAAUAUGAACCCAACACUCGGACCCACGUAGUAGCUUUGAUAUUAUGUUUAUUCAUAUGUUGGCCUUGUGUCUGCCUUCCCUAUUGCAUGGAUUCAUGCCAAAAUGCGAACCACUACUGUCCGAAUUGUGAUGCGUUCAUCGGAACUUAUCAAUCAUAGUUUAAAUAAUGUUAUACCGAAUUACAAUCUUUUAUAUUUUUAUCGGAAAAUGUAUUUGUUAUUUUUUUUUUUAAUUACCUUUUACUAUUGUGAAAUUAUCUCCUACAUGUCAGUGUAGGAGUAUUUUGAAAUGUCAAAGACAAUGAGCAAAAGAAAGUAUUGUAUGUCUAAUAAGCAAUGUAAAAUAUACCUAACUGCGUUCUAUUUUUAUUCUGUAAACAUAAAGCUACUUUUGAGUAGAAUACGGGGGGAUAUAUGGUUGAAAGAUAAAAGAUAAGAAAUGUUA